AUGUAUGGCCCUCCAGUGGACCUGUCAUUUAAUCAUUUGAGCUGUGUUACAGGUGCGCUGUCAGUGGUACCCCGAAGUGGCCUGCGGUGUUUAAACACAAACUCAAAGAAGAAGUGCCUGAGCCGCUCUUUGCGUCUCAAUAACAACAACAUCACCGACAUCACUGACCUUCAGCAAGUCCUGAGCCACUUCCUGGCUCAGCCGUCGAAGCUGGGCUGGCUGGACCUGUCCUUCAACAAAAUCACAUCCAUAAACUCAGUUUUGUGUGACUUACAUGAACUGCGUGUGUUGUACCUUCAUGGCAACAGCAUCGAUAACCUGCCAGAGGUAGACAAGCUGCAUAAGCUGCAGUAUCUACACACCAUCACGCUACAUGGAAAUGCCCUAGAAACCACCAAAGGCUACAGGAAUCAUGUGAUUUCUGUCCUGCCACAGUUAAAGAAGAUGGAUUACGCUGCUGUGACACACGAGGAGCGAGUCUUGGCAAAUGUUUGGCAGCAGAGCAGAUGGACACACAAGUAA